CCUUGACAACUUCCGGGACCAGAUUUCAGGCGUGGUGGAAAUUGUCUUCUUUACCCUCUCUCUUCAGUUUUUAUGACUGUACAUAUUUAAUAGGGACACAAACAGUGAGGGAGAGAGAAAGCGAUGAUGUGAGGCUCUCCCUGAGAAUAAAAGAUGAUAAGAAAAUAAAACAGGUGUCUGGCAAGGGGUUCUGUUAGAGAAGGGAGAACUGAGAGUUAGUAACCAUCAUUCAAACGGGCAAUUCUCUGCGGGUAGCAGACAGGAAAAGCAAACUCGUGCACCCUCUUUGGGGACAGGGUCUGUGGCUUUCUGUUUCUUCCCUUGCAGUCAGGGUGCACGUUUACUUGAAAGAGACUAUUUCCUGCUUCGUGGCUAGUCAGGUUGACUCUUUAAGACUAGUGAAUAUUUCUAUUUUAAUGUCUCUAAUGCCUUUUUAAAUUUAUUUUUUAUUAUUAUUUUGAGAUUGAGUAGGGAAGAGAUCUGUUGAAAUCCUGGCUGGGUAAGUGGAGGAUUAUGAGAAAUGAGAAAAGGGGAAGGAAAAGGACUUAGAAGCCGGAGAGCAAAGCAGCAGCCCCAGGCCCCCGUACCCUUCGCCCCCGCUCCUGGCCCGCGACCUCCCGCGGAGACCCCAGGCGGCUGCAUCAAUAUUUGAUCGGUCCUUCGCCCGGGGGCUGCCAGCACUCGCCAGAGGGGCUCGCCAGGCAUCACCCGCGCGGCGCUGAAGCCGGCGCCCAGGCCCGCAGGGGGGCUUUGGAAGGACCCGCUCUGAGCUCGCCCCCUCGCCAGGGAGGCUCUCCUUGGUGGCAGGGGCGCGGCGCCCACCAUGCGGGGCUGCCCGCGGAUCGCGCUGCUCUGCGCGCUGCUACCCUGGCUCCUGCACGCGGCGGCACCCCGGCGACCCGCGCAACCCCUCCCGAGCCGCAAUCCCCGCGACCCCGCCAGCGGCUCCGAUUUCGAUCGCGUCUACAGCGGGGUGGUGAGCCUCACCACGGAGAACACCUACUCCUUCAACUACACCAGCCAGCCGGGCCAGGUGAAUGCUGUUCGGGUGUAUGUGAAUAGUUCCUCAGAGAACCUCGACUACCCAGUCCUCGUCGUGGUUCGCCAGCAGAAAGGGGUGCUGUCCUGGCAGGUUCCUCUGCUCUUCCAAGGACUAUACCAGAGGAGUUACAACUACCAGGAAGUAAGCCGCACCUUGUGUCCCUCAGAGGCAACCAAUGAAACAGGACCUCUGGAGCAACUGGUAAUUGUAGAUGUCACCUCCAUGGCUCCACUGGGCGCCCAGUACAAACUGCUGGUUACCAAGAUCACGCACUUCCAGCUACAGACAAAUGUUGCCUUUCACUUCACUGCCAGCCCCUCUCAACCUCAGUAUUUUCUAUACAAAUUUCCUGAUGAUGUGGACUCAGUUAUUAUUAAAGUCAGGUCUGAAAUGGCUUACCCAUGUUCUGUUGUCUCAGUGCAGAAUAUCACGUGUCCAGUGCAUGAUCUCGACCACAAUGUGGAAUUUAAUGGUGUCUAUCAGUCUAUGACCAAGAAAGCUGCCAUCACACUACAGAAGAAGGAUUUUCCAAGCAAGCAGUUCUUCGUGGUAUUUGUGAUAAAGCCUGAAGAUUAUGCCUGUGGAGGAUCUUUCUUUAUCCAGGAAAAGGAGAACCAAACCUGGAAUCUACAUCGAACAAAGAACCUUAAAGUGACCAUUGUUCCUUCCACUAAAGGAUCUGUUGAUGUGAAUUCCAUCCUUAUCAGUCUCUUCAUCUUCUUCUUCUUCUACUUCGGAUUCCUGCUUAUUGUGCUUGUUCAUUGUAUCAGGUUUAAAAGAAAAUCCAUCGAUGGAAGCUUUGGUUCCAGUGAUGGCUCUGGAAAUACGGCGGUGUCACAUCCCAUUGCUGCCGGCACCCCUGAAGGAAGCAAUUACGGGGCAAUAGAGGGGUCAAGUUCCAGUCCUGGCAGGCAGAUGUCCUCCCCCAAUAGUGGGCAGACGUUCCAGUCAGACACAGACAGCUCCGUGGAGGAGAGUGACUUCGACACCUUGCCAGACAUUGAGAGUGAUAAGAACAUCAUCCGGACCAAGGUGUUCCUUUUCCUGUCAGAUCUGUCCCGGAAGGACCGGAGAAUUAUCAGCAAAAAAUAUAAGAUUUAUUUUUGGAACAUCGUCACCAUUGCUGUGUUUUAUGCACUGCCUGUGAUCCAGCUGGUCAUCACCUACCAGAUAGUGGCAAACACCACGGGCAAUCAGGACAUAUGCUACUACAACUUCCUCUGUGCCCACCCCCUGGGCGUCCUGAGUGCCUUCAACAACAUUUUUAGUAACCUGGGCUACGUGCUCCUGGGUUUCCUGUUCCUGCUGAUUGUCUUGCACCGGGACAUUCUCCAUCACAGAGCCCUGGAAGCCAAGGACAGUUUUGCCAUGGAGUAUGGGAUUCCUAAACACUUUGGUGUUUUCUAUGCAAUGGGCAUCGCAUUGAUCAUGGAAGGAGUGCUCAGUGCUUGUUACCAUGUCUGCCCUAAUUACUCCAACUUCCAAUUCGACACCUCCUUCAUGUAUAUGAUUGCCGGCCUCUGCAUGCUGAAGCUCUACCAGACCCGUCACCCGGACAUCAAUGCCAGUGCCUACGCCGCCUACGCCUCCUUCGCGGCCGUCAUCACGCUCACUGUCCUCGGAGUGGUGUUUGGAAAAAAUGACGUGUGGUUCUGGGUCAUCUUCUCUGUGAUCCAUGUCCUGGCGUCCCUGGCCCUCAGCACCCAGAUCUACUACAUGGGUCGUUUCAAGAUCGAUGUGUCUGAUUCAGACUUGGGGAUUUUCCGACGGGCCUCGAUGGUGUUCUACACGGACUUCAUCCAGCAGUGCGGCCGGCCUCUGUACAUGGACAGAAUGGUGUUGCUCAUCUUGGGGAAUCUGUUUAACGGGUCCUUCGCGCUCUAUGGACUGAUCUAUCGGCCCAGGGACUUUGCUUCCUACAUGCUGGGGAUCUUCAUCUGUAACCUGCUGCUCUAUCUGGCCUUUUACAUCAUCAUGAAGCUUCGCAGCUCAGAGAAGCUCCUCCUGACCCCGCUCCUCUGCAUCGUGGCCACUGUUGUGAUGUGGGCCACCUCGCUGUACUUUUUCUUCCAGAAACCCAGCAGCUGGGAGGACACCCCAGCUGAAUCCCGGGAGAGGAACCGGGAGUGUAUCCUGCUGGAUUUCUUUGAUGACCAUGACAUCUGGCACUUCCUCUCUGCCACUGCCCUGUUUUUCUCAUUCUUGGUUCUGUUAACCCUGGAUGAUGACCUGGAUGUGGUCCACAGAGACCAGAUCCCUGUCUUCUGAGCCUCCAGCUUUAAGAGAGGGAGAGGGAGCAGUCGAUCUAGGUGCUGUUUCAUGAAAAUACAGGGACCAAAAAAAAAAAGAAAAUACAGGGACUGCCGCAAAGUCACCACCGCCAAGUACUCCACUCCCACUCUGUCAAGUCAGCUCUGCACACAUUUCCAUAGGAAGGAGAGGGGCUGGAGGGAGACUGUAGUCUGCCAGAAGGGGGGCAGAGGGGAAGCCACGGGUAUGGCCAGAGGCAAGCCCUGAAGAGUCAAGAGACCCCCAUCCCCUCCCGUGUGCAGCCCUGAACUAGACGUGGACAAAAGCUGCAUCGAAGUCAACUCACUGUCUCGAGACCCCUCCCACCCUCACCCGACAUUUGCCAGCAAGGGCAGGCGACGCCGCACGCUCCAUCCAGCUGCCUCCAGGCCCCGAGAGGCCAGCAGCUUGGGUCUCCUGCCCACUUUAGGGGGGGCCCCUCUGUACCUCCACUACAUCUGCUGCUCUAGACAUCCCAGAGCACCAGCUCGCUCCUCUGAGGUCCAGGGAUGACGCAGAUUCCUCAGAGUCUGGUGGAGGGCUGAACCCAACCCCCUACCCAACUGGGAUAGAUAUUUUAGCAGGACCAGCCAGUCACCUCCU